AUGGCUACUACUAACCCUGUAUUUCCUUAUACUGAUCGUCUUGGCUAUACCAUAGACGUGACCCAAACAACCUCGAUCCCCGUUAACGCAAUUGAUAUACUUGUGAAGAGAGGAGAUCGCAUGAUCAACAUUGACUUCGACACACUGCAACAAAAUGUCGAAUUUGACGGUAGGAAGUACGACGUUCCGAUCAUGGUCUCCAUCACUCCAGACGUCCGAACUGUUGAAAGCGACCUUCGUCAUUACCCAAACGGCAACGACGCCGAUGCUGCGUUUAGCAAUGACGCCAGUCUGCGCAGCCGCUACUUCGCACUUACCGGAACUACGUCUGUGGCAGCAGCCUCUCAAAAAUUGUUUCUUAUCAACCAACAAUACAUGUUCUUCAGUUUCACAAAGAUAAAGUAUAUCGUGAAUCUCCAGGAAUACUCUAGUAAGAUCAAUACAGUGGUGCUCCUCAAGAGAGUAAGAGGUCUACCGAUACCCUUUGACGGGCAAGAUUCCAGUGCUGUGGCAAAGUACAAAGACUUCUUCGCAUUAAACGGAUCCCACGUCAUCGUAUCGGCCAGUUAUGGUGCCCGGUAUCUGUUAACGGUGUGGUGUUCAAACACAGAUCCAGCAGUCAACACGAUGUUUACCGCAGACGUCAAAGCUGCCGUCGGCGGCAUUCCAAGCGGCGGGAUCAUAGAUCCCACAGUGAUGGAGGAGGCCCAGUACAAGACUUUUUUAAGAACCUGGCAGUACAACGUCUUGGCCUUGGGCGGUGACAGAAGCAUCGCCAAUAAGCUCACGAGCAACCCCGCAUCCUAUAAGGAAUAUGAGGAGUGGGUGGCUACAACCGGGAAACACCCCAGCUCCUUGCUGAGCCUCAACGUCGAGGAGCUCUGGAAUUUGAUGAAGUUGACGGGCGAUCCCGUGCUCGCGAUCUAUGCGGACCAGCUUUCAGCCGCGUUUAAUCACAUCAUUACGCACCCUAAGGUUUUCAAGACGGCUAUCUCACUUGAAAUCGACACUGAUUGGGGCCGGUUUGACUUGCUGACCCCAAGUGCCCGCCUUUUGCCAGACAGCGAUAGACCUUUUUCCGCCGAAAAGACGAAGCAUUCUGACACAUACGUUAAUUGGCACAAUGGCUCGUGUGGUUACGCGGUACUCUACUUCUUUGUUAUCAACGAUGGGUCCCCGAUCGAUUUCUCCACCUCUCAUGGAGGUGAUCCGGCUCACUAUGCGAAAGUCGUCAUGGAGGGCAAACACUAUGACAACACUAUCAUAACUGACGACAGGAAUACCGCUUGGUUCUACGGAGCCAAGGUGAAGGAUACCCCGGAACCGACGAGUGCACAAUGA